UCCCCAUAUUCACUUCGAUCGCAUUGAGAAACCCGUCGGCCCAGAGGGAGGCAAAAGGGUAGGCGGGGCGGAGGGAGUCACGAGGGCGAUCGACGGCGGUCGAUGGUGAUCGGCGGUGAUCGGCCGUGAUCGACGAGGAUUGUUGAGCGCACUUGACUCCGGCAGGGACACGCCGAACGGCGGCAUUGACUUGGCGACCACUGCGCCGACCUCGAGGUCCACGGCAAUGGGGAGCAGCACCACAUCCUACGACCACCGAGCCCACCUCUAGGUCCACGGUGGCAGGGGCAGCACCACGUCCUACGACUCCACCUCUGCAUCCCUCAUCUCCGCCGGCGAGCACGGUGGUGCGAGGAUGGCGCCAUCCAUUCGACGUAAAGGGGAAACACCACCGGUAUACAGUCUUGGUGAUGAUCUUUUUUCAGUGGAAGUGCACCAUGGUGGCUUUUUUGUUGGGUUCGGGGAGAACAGGGCUUACAUUGAUGAAAAGAUGGACUAGUUUGAUCAUUGUGACAUAGACAGCUGGUCACCUUUGUGGUUUGAUGAUUUUGUUGAACAACUUGGCUACAAGCAGAGCACACGUCCUAUGGUAUAUUGGCUCUUACCUGGUAAGACUCUUGCAGACGACUUAAGGAUUAUUGAGUCUGAUUCAGAUACACUUGCUAUGUCCUCUAUUGUGAACAAGAUCAAGAACUUUGUGGUUUAUUUGGAUCAUGACAAGUCUUUUGCUGGGAUCAAUUGGGAUGACAUUGUAGCAAACCCAAUAGCUACAUUACCAAAGGUUGUGAGCCCACAUAAGGUCCAUGUUGUUGAUAGAAAGAUUGGUGAGAAGUUGCCUGAAUUUUACUCCAAUGUCAGAGUAGAUGCAACGGCAUCAAGUGAAGAUAGAGUUAGUGUAGAGCAUAAUAGUGGAACUGAAGAGAGUGAUGAGGAUUCAGAUUAUUGUGAUAGUGACUAUGGGCUAGAGUAAGCAGAUGAUGACCUUUUUGUGGACAAUGUGGAUGAAGAUGUUGUUGAUGAAGGUGUUGCAAAAGGAAAGAAAUUAGGCAAGGGAAAGAAGGCAUCAAGAAAUAGUGGCUGCAAUGAAGGGGCAGAUUUUUCAAGUGAUGAUGAGGGGCUGCAAGUGCCAGAUUUUGAAGGAGAAGGUGCAGGUGGUUUGAAAUUCAAAACUUGGAUGCUAGAGGACAUCAACAAUCCUGUAUUCAAAAUGGGCAUGGUUUUUGGUUCAGUUCAGGAGAUAAGGAAGGCAAUAACUGAGUACUCUCUACAGAAUAGAGUUAGCAUCAAGUUGGUUAGAAAUGAGAAGAAAAGGGUAAAUGCUGCUUGUGAAGAAGAUUGUCCUUGGAGGUUGCAUUCUUCAUGGGACAAGAGGUGUGAUGGAAUGAUGAUCAAGGCUUACAGUGCUAAGCACAGUUGCCAAAAGAAGUGGGAGUUGAAGAAAUGCACUGCAAACUGGUUAGCAGAAAAGUAUUUGGAAACAUUCAGAGCUGAUGAUAAGAUGACCCUAACUAACUUUGCAAGGACUAUCCAAAAAGAUUGGCACUUGACACCAUCCAGAAGCAAGCUUGCUAGGGCUAGAAGGUUGGCAAUGCAACAAAUUCAUGGAGAUGAGGUGAAGCAAUAUAGUAUGCUAUGGGACUAUGCACAAGAAUUGAGGAGAACAAAUCCUGGUAGCACUUUCUUUCUCAACCUUCUGGGGCCUAGGUUCCAUACUUUGUAUAUUUCACUUGAUGCAUGCAAAAGAGGUUUUCUGUCAGCCUACAGACCUAUCAUAUGCCUUGAUGGUUGCCAUAUCAAGACAAAGUAUGGAGGACAAUUAUUAACUGCAAUUGGUAUUGACCCUAACGACUGCAUAUAUCCUAUAGCAAUGGGAGUGGUUGAAGUUGAAAGUCUGACAACAUGGAAAUGGUUUCUAGAGACACUCAAACAAGACCUUGGGAUAGAAAACACCUACCCAUGGACUAUAAUGACAGACAAACAGAAGGGCUUAAUUCCUGCUGUUCAGCAGGUGUUUCCUAAAUCUGAACACAGAUUUUGUGUGAGGCACCUAUAUUCUAACUUCCAGCAACAGUUCAAGGGAGAAAACUUGAAGAAUCAGCUAUGGGCUUGUGCAAGAUCUAGCAGUGUUAUGGAGUGGAACAAGAACAUGGAAAUCAUGAAGACUCUGAAUGCAAAAGCAUAUGGCUGGCUAGAGAAAAUGCCACCAAAUACUUGGGUAAGAGCAUUUUUCAGCACCUUCCCUAAGUGUGACAUUUUAUUGAACAAUAACUAUGAGGUUUUUAACAAAUACAUAUUAGAUGCUAGGGAAAUGCCUAUUCUGAGUAUGUUGGAAAGGAUAAAAUGUCAUAUUAUGACUAGGCACUACACCAAAGGGAAGGAGGUGGGUGAAGUGUGGGCUGGCCCAAUCUGUCCCAAAAUCAGGAAAAAUGUGCAAAAAAUCGUGGAAUUAGCAAACACAUGUUAUGCACUUCCUGCUGGCAAAGGUAUUUUCAUGGUGGAGCACAAGGGGUUUUCUUAUACAGUUGACAUAAUGAAGCACCAAUGUGAUUGCAGAAGAUGGGAUCUUACAGGGAUUCCUUGCAGCCAUGGCAUGGGUUGUUCGAGAAGUGAGAGAAUUCCAGCUGAGUCUGUUCUUCCACAUUGCUACACUGCUGAGGCAUAUACUGCUGCAUAUGCUCAUAUGAUUUGGCCCUGUAGUGAUAGGAACACAUGGGAAAAGGUUGAUGCAGCUGAAGUGUUACCCCCUGUCUAUGUGAAAAAAGUUGGCAGGCCACCAAAAUCCAGAAGGAAGCAGCCAUUUGAGAAAGAAGGGAGAAAUGGUGAGACUAAAAUGUCAAGGCAUGGAGCACAAAUGACAUGCAAGUAUUGUGGUGUUUUUGGACAUAAUAGUGCUGGCUGUCAACUCAAGAAGGCAGGUCAGAGGCCCAAGUUACAACCACAAAGAAGCACUGCAACUCCAAGUGUUGAAGUUAUGCAUGAUGAUGAGCCUAGUAUCACUCAGGAACAAGUGCAAUAUGAGGUAUUUAGUGGCCCUGCAACAUCACAAUUAACCAACACAAUGCUUUCCCAAAUGGAGGUUGAGGCAACACAAUGUAGUAGAGUGGAGGUCGAACAAGAACCCUUGCCUGAUUCCUUGUUCAUCUCAUCCAACCGACCUGCAGCAAGGCCAGUGCCACCUACCACUGCAACCAAGGUGGGCAAAGCCAUAAUUUCCAAGCCCAAGGCUGUUGGUAAACCAGGAAAGAAGAAAGCAAAGAAGAGCUGACUAAUUCAUGUCCUACAGCUCAACAUUUUGUGAAUUCAGUUUUUGGUGUAAUACUUUUAGUCUUUCUACAUGUCAGUUUGAUGAACACGUGCUUUGGGACAAGAAAAUGUUCAGGUUGCUUACAAGUAUUAGCUUAAGUGAAUAUGGAGACAAUGACAAGGGGUUAUUUGCAAAAGUUCAUGUCACGCUGGAUGUCACGUAAUGGGGGAAACCGGUCCAAACCCGGUUUUGUACCUAAUGCAAACCAUUAAACAAGUUUUGGGUGCCAAAUCUCGUUUUUGAGAGAAUGUGUAUGUAUUUGACACCACUUGACAAGUAUGUGUACCUCCGGUGCAUUUAACUCUUUUAACGAUUAUUUAAAUGACAGGAUG